UGGGUCUUUGUUGCUGUGCGUGGGCUUUCUCUAGUUGUGGCGAGCGGGGGCUACUCUUCGUUGCGGUGUGCGGGCUUCUCGUUGUGGUGGCUUCUCUUGUUGCGGAGCACAGGCUCUAGAGCGCAGGCUCAGUAGUUGUGGCCCACGGGCUUAGUUGCUCCACAGCAUGUGGGAUCUUCCCUGACCAGGGCUCAAACCCGUGUCCUCUGCACUGGCAGGCAGAUUCUUAACCACUGCACCACCAGGGAAGUCCCUAUCACAUUCUUAUGAAUGUUUAAAUGAUGUAUUGUUUCAUCUUGGUCGUUUGGGAAUGUUAGAAAAAGAUCAUACCCUAGGUAAGCUACAUUUUUUUAAAAUUCAAAGCUAUGUUUGUGAGCUUCUUUUGAGUUGAUGCAAAUAGCUGUAGUUCAUUCAUUUUCACAUUCUCAUUACAGGUCUCCCAGUGCACAUGAGCAAGAGUCUCUCCAGGUUUGGGAACCAUUGGCUAAGACCUCAAAUAUACAGGCUCCCGGCAUGCACAAGGGUCUUCUUCAACUGUGUGCUUCCCAGCUUAAUGUGACAGUUAUUCUAGAGACAAUAAACUGCAGAGCCAGAGCUCAAACCCAGAACUGACUCGUCAGGAUAUGCUCCCCACCCUGCCACAGAGCUGUUCACAGAUGUGGAGAGGGCAGGGGUGCAGGGUGUAGGAGGCUGAGGUAGCAUUAUGGAGAGAAGCUGGGAGAGAUGAGUCUGGGCCUGUCCAUGUUUGGUCCAUCUCAAAUCAGUGCAUGCUACUCUGGAGCCCUGUCCAACAAGCAGCAGGAAGACAGUGCGUGUGAGUACGAAGGCUUCAGUGAGCUUUCUGGAAAUACAGAUCCGGUAGAUCCUCACUAGUUUCAGAGUUGGUGUAGUACAGCGGCUGCAAGUAUAGACUCUAGAGCUAGACUGCAUGGAUUGGAAUCCUGGCUCCGUCACUUAUUAGAUGUACGACUUUAGGUCUAGCAGGUUGGAUCAUUCUUUUCGAAGCAGUGAUUCAGGAAACACAGCUCCGUCUACCCGGUGGGUCUACCAUCUACAAUGCAUGGCUCUCAGAGUUGGGAACUUGGGAGUUCACUCCAUUCCAGUAUGAUGGGGAAGGAAAAAGAGAAAGAGAGAGAGUGAGAUGGGCCUGGAAGUGUCAUCCCUGACUUUCAUCCGUAACCUUCUGUCCACCUGGAACUCAGUCACAUGCUGCCAGCUAAUAGAAUGGAGGCCAGGAAUGGAGUCCAGCUGUGUGCCUAGGAAGAAGAGAUGGCUUUGGCUUCCCUCACUGCUGGCCGAGUGCCAGAGAAGGUGUGCACGCAUCUCCCCGCCAGUACCCAGCCAUGGGCAACUCCUGCUUCGGCCUCAAGGAACGGCUGAUGAAGCGGCUGCGGCCUCUGCCUACCGUGAUCGUCAUCCGUACCUGCCUGCCCCAGAGGAGGAGCAGAGAUUUCCGCGUGGUGGUGCUCGGCUCGGCCGGCGUGGGCAAGAGCGCGCUGGUGCAGAGGUGGGUGCGCGGCAACUUCCGUGAGGCGUACCUGCCGACCAUCGAAGAUACCUACCGCCAGGCGCUGGGCUGUAGCCACAAGGCGGGCGCGCUGCACAUCACCGACACCACCGGCGGCCGCCGCUACCGGGGCCUGCAGCGCCUCGCCAUUGCCAGGGGUCACGCCUUCAUCUUGGUCUACUCCGUCACCAAGAAGCAAACCCUGGAGGAGCUGAAGCCCCUCUAUGAGCUGAUCCGUCAACUCAAAGGCAACAACCCGCAAAAGUGCCCCGUCAUCCUGGUGGGCAACAAGUGUGAUGAGAGCCACCGGGAGGUGAGCGAGAAGGAAGGUGCUGCCUACGCGUCGGAGUGGAAUUGCGCCUUCUUGGAGACCUCCGCCAAGAUGAAUAUCAACGUGCAGGAGCUGUUCCAGAUGCUGAUAAACUUCGAGAAGAAGCCCGCCGCCGCCGCUGCCGCCGCCAGCGCCCAGCCUCCCCAGAAGAAAUCCCAGAUCCCCAAGACCGCCGAGAAGCUGCUGGGCAAGUGCAUCAUCAUGUGAACCCGGAGCCUUAAGGAGCCCGACCCUCUUCUCCUUCAGUGUGCUGAAAACAUGGACUGACCCCAUUGUGCUGUGUCACCCGUUCAUGACUGACUUUUGUGCUGUGGUUUGGGUUGUAACAAUUAGAUGUCAAUAAAUGUCCCUUGUGAGUUAGUAACUUUUCUUUUCCCCAGGCAAGAGAACUCGAAUUGUUAAAAUAUGGACAUUUGAGGAGGAGAGGAAAAAGGAACAGGAUGCAUUUUAAAGGAUGGGACUUGGACGGACUUGAGAGAUUAAUGUUUAAAAAAGAGAGUGGAAAUAGCAAAAUGAAUUGAAAGAUGUCACUGCCCUUCUUGUAAUCCUAUUAUUGUGUAUUAUUCUUAAACAUUUCAAGUCCUGUAAAUGUCUGAUCAUAUCUUCCCAUUGUGUAUGUAAUUGUUAAGAGACAAGUUUUUGCAACAAAAUCUCUGACAGAUGACUGUGAGACAUGAUAAAUAAAUGAAUAUUCUAUAGUUGAGCAUUGAGGGUGGGAGCAGAGAAAAUUGUGAUAGUGGAAUUUGCUUACUAAAUAUAUACCAAUUGUUUCCUAAGUCAUUUAAAAAUGUUUGAGUAUUCUACACUGCAGUUUAAAAAAAUUGUAACAGUUCCGUGACUUAAUAAAGCUUUUCCUGCAUGCAA